AUGAAAGUGUUCAUGGACAUGAAGCCCGGCGGUUCGCUGUGCACAGUGCUUGCGACCAUGUUCCGCUUCAAGUCGGAGCAGCGGUGGCGCAAGUUCGACUUCCAGGUCGGUAAGAAUCCAUCGCGCAAAGACCUUAACGUUCAAAUGAUGAUGGAAAUUGAGUCGGCGCUGCUUACAGCCGAAAUUAUCCGUUUACCCUGUAUCUACAUACGCCCAGAUGUAGACAAAGCGACCGCUAACAAAAUCAAAGACAUAAUCAGUAACCAUCAGGUUGAAAUUUGUGAAGACGAAGAAGAUGCAACACACAUAAUCUACCCAGUGGUAGACCCGCUGGAGGAGGAAUACGCUCGACCCGUGUUUCGUCGCGGGAACAACGUGCUUAUCCAUUGGUACUACUUCCCAGACAGCCAUGAUACCUGGGCUCAAGCUGACUUGCCGGUGGAUGUACCGGAGACAGCGAACUGGGAGUGCACGAGAUCUGACCCAUACCGUGUAACAGCCACCUGGGUGCUGGACGUGCCGCAUUACAACGAGUGGAUGAACGAGGAAGACUAUGAAGUUGACUCCCAUGGCAAGAAGAAGGUGCACAAGUUGCGUUUAUCAGUGGACGAUCUCAUUCCCGGUAGCGAGCCAUCAUCCAAAAGCAAGAAAGGAAAAAGAAAGCGCUCUCCAUCACCACCACCACAAAAGCACAGCAAGAGAAAGAGCCGUGGAGCUAAAAGACGGGAAAAUGACGUUGACGAGGAGGAAGACAACGCGUCCAGGGACAAUACUGACGUAGCGCCGACGCCUGAAGUCGAAAGACCUACUGAACCGGCACCGGCGACCCCAUCUACGGCCGCUUCCACGUCGGCUGGUCCUCCGGAGCCAUCAGCUUCAACGUCAGCUGGGGAUGCUCCGGCCACUCCCGCGCCACCUAUCGAACACGACGAUUCGCAAGGAAAGCACAGCGAUUCCAAUACGCAGGAGACGAUAAUAAAGGAAGAACUGGAAGAUAACGUGACAGAUCAGACUCACCAUAUAGUAGUUCCAUCCUACUCUGCGUGGUUUGACUACAAUUCGAUUCAUACUAUCGAAAAACGCGCGCUGCCUGAAUUCUUUAACGUGAAGAACAAGUCUAAGACUCCUGAAAUAUAUUUAGCUUAUAGAAACUUCAUGAUCGACACAUACCGGCUGAACCCGACUGAGUAUUUGACGAGCACUGCGUGUAGACGAAAUUUGGCCGGAGACGUCUGUGCUAUUAUGCGUGUUCAUGGUUUCCUGGAGCAGUGGGGCUUGAUCAACUAUCAGGUGGAGGCAGAUGUCCGCCCGACGGCCAUGGGUCCACCUCCGACGUCACACUUCCACGUAUUGUCGGACACGCCCUCAGGUUUGCAACCCCUGCAACCACGCCCAGCGCAGCCUAACGUGAGGCCAGUAGAAAACGCAGCGGUUCCUAAAAUUGAGGCUGGUCUUCCGAAUGGAACGGAGGCUGGCGCUCCCAUCAAGACAGAGCCGAACGUCAAAAAUGAGCCUCCGUCAUUAGAUCAGAUCAUCAAUGCACCAGGGCUAAAAAUGGAUCAGUACCGAGGUGGUACCCGCGGACGAGAAUGGACGGAACAAGAAACACUUCUGCUUUUGGAAGCUUUGGAGUUGCAUCGCGAUGAUUGGAACAGGGUUGCUGCUCACGUCGGUACCAGGACUCACGACGAGUGCAUCUUGCACUUCUUGAGGCUGCCCAUUGAGGAUCCAUAUCUGAAUGACAGUGGAGUGUUGGGCCCGCUCGCUUACCAACCGGUGCCGUUCAGCAAGACCGGAAACCCCGUGAUGAGUACGGUCGCUUUCCUCGCCUCCGUUGUUGACCCGCGCAUUGCGUCGAAGGCAACCAAGGCUGCAAUGGAUGAAUUUGCUGCUAUAAAGGAUGAAGUGCCGGCGGCCAUGAUGGAAGCGCAUGUGCGUGCAGCUGGUGCUCUGGGGCCGCAAGCUGCUCUUGCCAGCACCGGCAUAGCGGGCACAGCACCGGAGCACCCACCAGAAAAAAAAGAAGGCAGCGGUGAAGUUAAGGCAGAGCCGAUGGAAGUGGAAGGUGAGGGCGAGGGGAAGGUGAAGGAGGAGGGGGGAGAGAGCGCCAGCUCAAGCGAGGAGAAGGAGGUCAAAGAGGAAGACGCACAACCUACACAAGAUCCGCCAGCAGCGGUAGAUGCCAAAUUGCAAUCAGCAGCUGCAGCAGCUCUAGCAGCGGCCGCUGUGAAGGCAAAACAUUUAGCUGGUGUUGAGGAGCGAAAAAUAAAAUCGCUGGUCGCACUUCUCGUUGAGACGCAGAUGAAGAAAUUGGAAAUUAAGCUUCGUCACUUUGAAGAACUCGAGGCUACAAUGGAGCGGGAAAGAGAAGGUCUUGAAUAUCAACGGCAGCAGUUAAUCCAAGAACGGCAACAGUUCCACCUGGAACAGUUGAAAGCGGCGGAGUUUCGCGCCAGAAAUCAUGCCAUUCAAAGGUUACAAGCUGAGAGCGGAGGUGCACCCGUAGGCGUAGGAGUGCCUGUACCCGGGGUACCAGGCGUGGGAGUACCUGGUGUGGUUUCGGGAGUGGUGGGUGCAGUGGGCGCCCCACCCACAGACCCUGGCCAAGAACCGCCACCGCACCAAGCUACACCGCAUCAUCACCCCUAA